AUGUCUUGGGAAAAAGGUGUGAUUGUUGGGAUUUCUUGUGAAUUCUAUUUUAUAGCGUCUAGUUAUGAUGUAGGUUUACAAUUAGUUUCAAAUUAAUUAAUUAAUUAAUCGCAAUUAUCAAGCCUUCAGGAAGUUUUGCUUGGUCGAAACUUUUCACGUGAAAUAUUCCAAAUUGGAGAUUGUAUACGAUUCACCGCAUCAAAAAGUAGUUGGAAAGAGAGUGGCUUCAAAAUUCGGAGGGAAGUUUUGGAAUAUGAAAGAUGUGAGAAGUUUAUUGAGUGGGAAAUGCAGAAUAAGAAGAAUGCGGCGCUUUUGAUUUCGGAAAUUGUUGAUGUGGCGGUGGAAUAUCAUGAAGAUUCGAAGAAGGAUGUGAGAUGUCUCAGAACCAGGUUUCUAGAGGUUCGGAUCAAAAUUUUUUUCGAAAUUUAAAAAAAUCUUCCUCAGAAAGUCUACGAUAGUGGUCGUACGCUGAGAACAAGUAAUUUCUCCGAACGAGAACUUUUGGGCAAAAAAGUUGUGGCGGUUCGUAUCACAAAUGAUUGGAAUGACUCUUAUUGGGCUGCUUUAAAUGUUAUAUCUGAUAGAAAUCCGAAUGGGAGAGUUGAGAUGAAAGGAAUUGUGAUGAUGAUACCAAGCAAAGAUACAACUGAUAAUUUAUAUGUUCGAGUGCCGUUUAGAGAUCGAGAUGUGAUUUUUCCAUUGAGUGCGAGGUUAGUUGUUUAUUGCUCUAACGAUUUAUUUGAAUCAAUUUAAAUUUGAAAUUUUCAAAUCAAAAGUUUGUCUCCUGGUUUGAAAAACCAGUUGAUAGAAAUCGGAAUUGUCACAAGGGAAGAUUUUAAAUGAAAUAUAUGUUUUCUAGUAGUUUUCGACCCGCUGAACAAGAUCCCCGAAAUUGCAGAACUCAAAAUGAGUUAUGACGUGGCAAAGUUCAAAAAUUUCGAAAAAUUGCGAGUUUAGGAGGUCAAAACUUGCUUUAAAAAAUGGUUUUAAUAGCAUAGGGCUGUUCAGGAAGGUCCAGAAGAUUUUUCAAAAAAAUGUUUUCAAAAUUGAUCACAAAUUGAAAAUUUGAAGUUUACUUAGGUAAUCGACCUUCCUGAACAACCCUAUGCCAUCAGAUUUUUAUGAAAACCAUUUUUUAAAGCGAGUUUUGACCUCUUAAAGUAGCCAUUUUUCGAAAUUUUCGAACUUUUCCACGUCAUAACUCAUGUUAGGAGUUGAGUUCUGCAAUUUUAGAUGACUGAAUCGUGAUCAGCGAGUCGAAAACUACUGGAAAACAUAUAUUUUAUUAAAAAUCUAGAGUGAAAGUUGAAACAGUUCCCUUGUCAGACAAAAACAGCUCAAAACUAUAGUAUACUCAAGUCAUUUUACAGAGGUAAUCACCCCGACAGUCAUUUUUUUGGCAAUUGGAUUUCAUUCACUCUCCCACCCUCUUCUUAUGUAAUCGACAAUGGUAGUAAUGUUCGAUUGAUUGAAGAUGUUUAUCCAACACGUUUAUAUAAUGGAAGAAUCGAAAUUCGAGUGAAAAUACGAUUUAUUAGAGAGAAUUGGAAUGGUAGAUCAGCAGAUAUUGUGCUGGAAAGUGAGGGAUUUGGAGGAAAUUGUGGACAAAGAAUAUGUUUUGGGUGAGCAUUUUUUGAUUUUUGAAGAAUUUUUUCAUUUUUUUUUUUAGAAAAAUACCAGAGGUUUUCAACAUUUACGAGUCAGGCUUGGAUUUAUCAUUUUCACUAUGAUAUUCGGAAUAAUAUUCGAUUUGUUUUGUCGGAUAAACAGGAAGAAUGGGACUAUAAAUCGCCAGAAAGAUAUCGAAAAGAACAGAAUUUUAGGCGCGAAAGAUCAGCAAGCGAAAGAAGUUCAGUAGAGUAAGUUUCUCUUUUUUUUGAAAAAAGAAAAAAAAAUAUUUGACAAAAAAUUUUUUAGUUCUUGGGAUCAAGUUCGAAACGAAAAUUCCUACAGGAAGGAUAAAGAAAACUCGAGAUAUGAUAACUCAGAUUUGAGAAAAAGGGAUGAUACAAACAGUAUUCCAUCAACUUCUAAAAGUUUCGAGGAAUCUCAAUCAAUUCGAAACAAUUUGAUGAAAUUGAAGAAGAAAUAUGAUUAUUUGACUGAAAAUGAUAUGGAAAUACCGGAAAAAUUGAUAGAAGAAUUGAAAAAGGCUAGAAUUGAAGAGCAAAAUUCAGCGAAAAUUAAGAAUUUUAAUUAUGAUGAUUUUGAUGAGAAUCAUUCGAGAAUUUCUGAAAUUCGAAAAAAAAGAGAAUUAGCGAAGAUUGAGAUUGAUGGAGAAGAAUUGAGAAAAUAUAAAAAGGUUGAUUUAUUUUGGGAAGAUUUAUAAAUUAAAAAAAAUUUCAGCUUGUCACUUUGUUUCGUGAUAUGAUGUCGUGUGAGAAAGUUUGCGAUGAAAUGCGAAAAUUUGAUGAACGUUCUAUGAAAAAUAUCAAUCGACUUAUUUUGGAAUUGUGA